AUGGGGGAUAGAGCUUUGGACGAGGAGGAGGACGAGAACGUGGCGUCAGAAUCGACAGGCCCGACGCAGAGCCCUGAGCUGGCGCUGGCGCUGGCGCAGGUGAAGCGAGUGAAGGAGAAGCUAGCAGACGCGAGGAUCAGAGGAGAGUCAGACAAGAAGCUCAAACAUGAUCUAGGGCUUCAGCUGGUGCGGCUGUCGGAGCAGGUGCAGGAGCACCAGGAUCAAGCAAGCGAGCUAGCGGUCGAGAUUCAGAAUCGCAUGAAGAUCCGAUGCGAGACAAAUGAAUGGAUGGAGACGAAGAGAAUGAAAGACGAACUGAACUCAUACAGGGAUCAGCGCAUCUCAAGAAUCGCCCGGCAGACCCCAUUUGCCAGCAGCCCUCUCAGGAUAGGCCCCUGGAGAGUUGACCCUGGACGCUAUGAGGACUUUAAGAACCUUAAGGUAGUGGAGCAGAUCAACAAGGCAGCGAGCGAGAGCCUCUCAAGGUGUUCAGAGAACGAGGUCUCCUGCGAGGAGUUCUCCAGCUCCACCCCAGCUCUGCUCCUCCGCGAGAAUGCGGACCUCACCUGGCUGCUCUGCUCAGCCAUCGAGAGGAGGGCGAAGCUCGACAAGCAGCUGGAGGAUGCUCACGUGAGCGGGAGGAGUGGAGGCCUUGAUGACGUCAUCCGCCCCUUCGUCGGGUCAGAGGCCAGCACGCGAGGAUGGAUGGAGUUUUCUCCUCGGCAUGGCAGCAGGGAGAGCUCCCCCUCCUCUUCCGCUGCCGCCACCAAGAGUCCUCUCCUCCUCGAGCCCAAGAGGCUCUUCAACUCGGGAGCUCCCAGCAACUCCGGCGGGCAAGACGAGGGCGGCAAGAGAGAACGAGACUGGACGCUGCGAGGCAUCAAGGGAAGCAUCAUGAACAGGUUGGCCAGGUUGGAGUCUCCUCAGCCCCCCCCCUCCUCCUCCUCUUCCUCUCCGAUCAACAGCAAGCGUGUUGAGUUGGAGGCGGUGGACCUGGGGGCGGUGGUGAGCAGCCUGUCGCGGUUCAUGGAGGAGGGGACCUACCUCCUCGUCUCUCAACUCGAAGACGUUCGACAGGCGAGGAAGGAGGUCGAGAGCGAGUCUGCCGGGCUGCAGGAAGAGUGCGAGAGGAUGGAGAGGGAGCUUGCUCGCUUGCAGAGCGAAAGGGACGACGCAGUCGCUCGAGCUGCAGCCGAUGCCAAGAUCAAGCUGGAGCUGGCAGAGCAGGAGAGGAAGAAGCAGUUGAGAAAGGACGUGGGGGCAAUGCCCUAG